GUCUUUUUGACACUUGACAGUUAUGGAACGUGAAAACUUAACCCUCUGUUAAAUAAAAUCGCGAUAUAAUGUUACUACUCAACAAUAAUUUUUUAACAUCACAAUGUUUUCAUUAAUAUAAGUAAGAAGCAAUCGCAGUAUCAUGGAUUACGCGAACGUGGAGAGCUUAGAGUUCUUAGAUCUAAGUGGCGUAGAUGAUGUUGAGAAAAGAAAGGUUCUCUCAUCCCUGCACACUUAUGAUUCAAGUGUGAAACUACCUUGGAUCAAACCACAAAAAAGGGUUCAACGUCAAAAUGUCCAAAGGAACAAGUCAAUUACAAAAUCUGUACCCAUUCAGAAUAACAUACCAAUAUACAACAACCUCCCAAUUGCAAUAGUCAGUCCCUACAAUCUUCCCCCAGUUAUUUACGGUCCGAUGUAUUCAUUACCCACAUCUAAUUUUACUGCACCAGUUCUCCAACAGAACUUGUAUCCACAACAGUACCAACCCAGCGUCGAGCAGGUCACUUUCCCGCAAACUUUCAACUCAGCCACACCCGUACUGAACGACAAACAACCUCAUCAACAACACCAGCAUCAGCAACAGCAACAGCUGCAAAGCAUCCCAGGACACCCACCAGUGCAUAAUGGGGUUCAUGUCUCGAAGCCGGACAGUCCGCAGAGCGGCCGCUGCAAAACGUGGGCCAGUUUGUUCAGUGGGCGGAAGGAGGGCGAAGGUGCCGCCAAUGUCGAUCCCCACAUCAAGAGCCAGACGCGGCAGCCAAUGACGCCGGAGUCGAACAACAACAAUGUUGGCACCCCAUUCAAGCGUGCCAAGAAACAGAAGUAUUUCGACCCCGAUUGUUAUCGCAUGGGAGAAUUUCUAGACAGCUACGCCGUGGACGGUCGCACCAUCUCUUUGCAGCCACGCGGUUUGAUCAAUCAGAGCAACUACUGCUUUAUCAAUUCAAUCCUGCAGGCGUUGAUCGCUUGCGUGCCGAUGUACAACCUCUUGAUCGGUCUGUCGUCGUUGAUUACGUCCAACGAGAAAAGGAAACCGACACCAGUCAUCGACGGAUUGUGUCGGUUCGUGACCGAGUUCAAGCAUUUGCCUGCGGGGCAGAGGGUUGGCAGGAAAACAGACAAGGGACAGAAGAACGGAGCUGGGCCGCAGAUUAUGUGCGAGAUGCCGUUCGAAGCUGGUUGGAUUUAUAAAUUGUUGAAUCGCAUUCGACCGGAUUUGGUGGAGGGACGACAGGAGGAUGCUGAGGAGUUUUUGGGAUGUUUGUUGAAUGGAUUAAGUGACGAAAUGCUUGAACUGAUUAAGUUGGUAAAGAAUGAACCAGAGGAAAAAAUAGAUAUUACAAAUGAUCAUGAUGAUAAUGAAGGUGAAAUGGAUGACAAAGAGUGGUUGGUGAUGGGUAAGAAAAAGUGUAGUGUAACCAGAAGGACUGAUUUUGAUAGAACCCCUAUCAGUGAUAUAUUUGGUGGUUUCCUGAAAUCUAGAAUUCAUAGGGCAGGUGACCAUGAUACUGAAAAUAUUCAGCCAUUCUUCACAUUGCCAUUAAAUAUAGAAAUGGUUAAUACUGUUUCUGAGGCUCUGGAUGCUCUAGUUUCAAAAAACAAACUAGAAGGCGUGACCUCCUCCAAAACUAAUGAGGAAGUGGAAGCCUGGCAACAAGUUUUACUGGACGAACUUCCGGUAAUAUUGAUACUGCAUUUAAAAUGCUUUGACUUCAAACUAGAUGGCUGCAAGAAGAUCAUAAAGGCUCUCGAAUUUCCCAUCGACCUCAAAAUUGACUCUAAAUUGUUAUCAAAGGCGAACAAUUCAACAAAAAAACAAUACAAACUCUUCGCGGUAGUUUAUCACGACGGAAAAGAGGCGAGCAAAGGUCAUUACAUAACGGACGCCUUCCAUGUGGGAUACAACAGCUGGCUGAGAUACGACGACGCGUCCGUAAAGCCGGUGACCGAGGAACAGGUGUUGAAACCACAGGGCACCAGAGUGCCCUAUCUGUUGUUCUAUCGGCGUAGCGAUACGAUUAGAAGCAAAUAAAAUUUAAUCAAUUUUUGGCCUAUAUAUUGUUAUUAAUUUUAAGCGUCUUAUUUUAAUAAACAUUCUUUAUAUAAA